CGGCGACUCGCGCGCGCCGUUUCCAUGGAGAUGAGGGAGCGGAAGGCGGUGACAGAUGAUGAUGAGGCCCGGACACAGGCGGAGACGGCCAUUACUGCGAAGCCGCCGCGCUACAAUGUAAUUCAGCCCACAGCUCAAAGAUGUCGCCGCUGGUUCUUGGAGUAGGUGUUUGCUUGGCUGGGUGGAUCGCUCUGUAUGCGCUGCUGUGCUACACAAACGGCUCUUGUAGCUAUGAAUGGAACUGUCGUCUGGUCACACUGUUUCACGGCAUCCUGGCAGUGGGUAUAACCGCCUAUAUUGGUUACAUCGAUGGACCGUGGCCUUUUACCUACCCAGGUACGAAAAACACCCCUCUUCAAAUCACCGCAAUGGUGCUCAGUCUAGGCUACUUCAUCUUCGACAUGGCCUGGUGCAUCCACUUCCAGACUGAGGGUCUGGUAAUGCUUGCCCACCACACCAUGAGCAUUCUGGGUAUCCUUUUGACCCUGUGGCUGGGUGAGUCAGGCAUCGAGUCAUGCGCAGUGAUCUUCGGCAGCGAGAUCACCAACCCUCUGCUGCAGACCCGCUGGUUCCUGAAGCAAUCCGGCCGCUACAACACUUUCCUGGGCGACUUGGUGGACAUCCUGUUCGUGCUCUUGUUUGUUAUUAUGCGAGUAUUUGUGGGCGGCGCCAUGCUGUACUGCGAGCUGGUCUCACCCCGGCCAAAGUUCAUUAUCAAGUGCGGUGGUGUGGCCAUGUACGUCUUGUCGUGGGUGUUUGUGGCUGACAUUUUCCGCUUUGUGUAUCGUAAAAGCAGCAUGAAAUUCCACUGGAAGAAUCCAGUGCAAGUACACACUGAUAUUAACGGCCAAGACAUAAAGAGGGACUGAGAGAAAUCUUGGACGUCAGAAUUUAAUCUAUCAGAACGAACACCUCUGCAAAUUGGUCAUCAAAUAGAAACUUUGUCUAACUUUGUUAACUGUAGGAAAUCAUGACAGAUGCCGGCUUUUAUAACUGAUUUACACUUGAAGUAGCUUUGCUUUUUGAAGCAUUUUUUCCUUUUUUUUAAUGUAACUUUACAUUUUUUUAUUUUUCUAAAAAAAACUAACUUGGCCUAAUCUAUUUUAGUAGAAAUCUUGAAAACCCUUCAAACCUGGCCUUGUUGAGCAGGGAGCUGAAGCAGGGCGGUCCAGGAAAAUAACAACGGAUAAUGAUUUUAAGGUCAAAUUUUAAUUAUAUUAAAAUACUUUAUACAUACUCUUUAAAUAACCCAAAGAUUCAGAUUUUACACUUAGAAGUCUGUUUUUGUUAUAUGUCUUUUUUUUUUUUUUAAUAAAGGAGUAUUAAAAUGAAGAACAUUGUAAUAAUAACAUACUGUAUUAAGCAACACACUGUGAAGCAUUUAGAAAUUCGCUUGUGUGAGAAAAAUGUUUCCAUUAUCCUUUAAACCACAUUGAAGUUUGACACUAUUUUUAGAGAAACCUGUGCAAUAUUGUGUACAUUUAUUGUAGUUUUUACAUUUUUUGUAAAACUAAGGAUUUCAGCUAAUUUUGACACUGAUAAUAAAUGACAAAACUCUAUUACCUAUUCGUCUCU